UGCUGACGACAAGCAGGAGAAUCCAAUCAUCGUCGUUCGCGUGAAAAAAGAUAAGUGCAAGUAACGCAAACCCGACCCGUUUACGCUGGGGAUCCGCAGGAAAAACGGUAGCCGUCCAAAGCAGAACAGCGACGUUAAAGUGGCACGAUAGUCCUCAGCCGAGGCGGUGCGUUUCUCGGGUGUAUCGUCAACUUUCUUUGUCGCGCGUACUUUUCUUCCCAAUCCCCUCGCUCCAUCGUGGUGUGUGAAGCAAAGUUUGUGACGGUUCUGAAAUAUAAGAUAAAGCAUCUAGUAGCAGCUAGGUAGCAAGCAACUAAGUGCAGCGGAAAAGAUGGAUACCAACGGAACGAUGGAUCACAGUGAAACAGAAAAAUCACGAGCGCAACCCGCCUUCGACAAUGUCGACAUCACAUCGCCGGACGAUGAAAAUGAAAACGAUAUCUUCGAGUCCGCUAUACAGGAACCAUUAUCGCCGGUACUGGAAGACGUACCAACGGACGAAGCAGGCGAUGCAUUCAUCGAAAUCUCCGUUUCCGAUCCGCAGAAAGUGGGAGACGGAAUGGGAUCCUAUUUAGCUUACAAGGUGUCUACAAAGACCAACAUUCUGAAGUUCAAGAAGCGACAAUUUUUCACCAUGCGUCGCUUUAGCGACUUUCUCGGUCUGCACGAUCUGCUCGUGAGCAAAUACCUCCGGAUGGGUCGUAUCAUUCCACCCGCGCCGGAAAAGAACAUCAUCGGCACGACGAAGGUGCGAAUGGGCAGCCAACCGCAGGCCGAUACGGGUACGGGCGUCAACCUGGAGUGGAUCGAAAAUCGGCGGGCAUCGUUGGAACGCUUUCUGAAUCGCGUCGCCCAACAUCCCGUCCUCUGCCUCGAUACGGAUUUCGUAAACUUCCUCGAAAGCGACCAGGAGCUGCCGCGGUCGGUCAACACGGCCGCCCUGAGCGGGGCCGGUGUGAUGCGUCUGUUCAACAAGGUGGGCGAAACGGUCAACAAAAUAACGUACAAGAUGGACGAGAACGAUCCGUGGUUCAACGAUAAGAUCAACGAGGUGGAAACGAUCGAUGCGAACAUGCAGAAGCUCCACUCCGCCAUCAAGGCGCUGGUGACGCACCGCAAAGAGUUGGCCACCCUGACCGGAGGGGUUGCCAAGUCGGCCGCGUUGCUGAGCACGUGCGAGGAGCACACCGGACUGUCGCAGGCCCUCUCGCAGCUGGCCGACGUAGAGGAGAAGGUGGAGCUGCUCCGCUCGGAGCAGGCAAACUCGGACCUGUACAUUCUGUCGGAGACAAUCAAGGACUACAUCGGCCUGUUCGGUGCAAUAAAGGACGUGUUUCACGAGCGAGUGAAAGUGUUCCAAAACUGGCAGCACGCGCAGAUGCAACUCACGAAGAAGCGCGAAAACAAAGCAAAACUGGAGCUGCAGGAACGUCGUGACAAGCUGGAGUUUGCCCAGAAGGAGGUGGAAGAGUGGGAAGGAAAGGUGCAACGGUGCCAGAAGGAGUUUGACAACAUUUCCAGCGAAAUCAAGAAGGAAAUGGAACGUUUCGAGCUGGCGCGUGCGCGUGACUUUAAGUCGACCAUCAUUAAGUAUCUGGAGGACCAAAUGGCUCAUCAACAACAGCAAAUGAAAUACUGGGAGGCCAUCGUCCCCGUGGCCCGUGACAUUGCAUGAGAGGAACAGAACGCUACGGAUCCACCCACCCCGUUUGCCGAUGACGAGCGCGUUCCGACGACCGACAAGCUUCGGCUGUCGAUAAACUUGGUCGACUCUAAUGCUAGAAUAUCGUAGAACGAUAAGCGCGAUCCGGAGGGGGAGGAUGAUGUUUGGCUAUUGGUGAAAUGUUUUAGGUAUGAUUACUUUAUCCCUGUUGACCACCCGGAAUUCGAGGGUGGGAUACGUCUUGUGAAAUGGUUGGGUUCUGUGUGCGCGGGUUCUGAACCUUUCCACCGGAGACCGUCCACACUCGCGUGCGUUGAUAGUAGUAGAAUUGAAAUGAAAUUAUUGUUUUGUGCGCGUGAUCAUUGCGCCUGAAGUGUGAGGGACCUUUGUGAUUUCCUUCCGCGAACGGGAAUUCUCCUCUUUCCUCUCUAACUCUCUCUCCCUAGGUACUAAUAGGAUGUUUUCUUUUAUUUACCUUUUUUGUCGUACGAUAAAAGUUUAUCUAUUAAUCUUGAUCGCUCGUGAAAUUGCAAACAAAAGAGAACAAUUGAACAACAAAAACUAUGAUAUCGAUCGACCAAAAGUGAUGUAAUAUGUAAAUAACGAUAAGCGCAUUUUGAGAUAUCGUUGCAAAAUUUAUGAACUAUAAAGCAUGAAAAUCCCAAUUCGACAUUCGUAACGCCCGGUUCCCUGCGACAUUUCGGCAAUAGAUGAGACCGAUUGUUGUGAUGCUAAUAUGAAAAUAGGCUUUCCAAAAAUUAUGCUUCUACCGUUCCACACAUAUCUUCCCUGGAAAACGUGGCAAGUAUUUCCCCCCUCCCUUUCUAAGUCAGCCCUUUUUGCUGCAUUGCUGCGUGUGUUAGCAAACUUUUAAACCAACUGUAAAUAUCUAUUCCCUGCUCGGAACAGCCACCCCCCAGUAGUCUGCCUUUGGUUUCAGACUGCCCGGGACGUGGUGGUGCUAUAACCAAGACAAAAGAAGACAAGGUGCGAAGAAUCUAGUGAAGCAGUGGAACAAAUUCUCGAAUAAUGGUCAUAGCAAAGUCGGAACGUAAUGGAACCAAAGCGAGACGUGUACAACUACUUUACGAUCGCUCGAAAAUUCUUUCAAUGAGGCGUUCUUGUUAUGUUUUUGCUUCACCAGACGUUACUGAUGUUUAGUAAAGGUUUGGCUUAUUUGGCUUUUCGUGUG